GGGAGUUCAUGAACACUCCCUGCCUCCUCCCACUGUCGCUGCAGACAGCACACAUCCACGCAGCAAGAGAACCGCAGGCUCCCUGGACACGGCUGCCGGACUGUCCAGCAUGUGGACAGCCUUCACCAGAGGCACUCCAUGGAAGGCACUAAGUGAAGGCACAAAUUGUCACUGAGGAUGGAAGAAACCAGGGAAAAUGCUGCCAAUCUGAGCCAAAGCAAACAGCCUGUGAAAACAGAAUGGGGGUCACAAUGUGUUGUAUUUACUUACUUCCAUGGGGACAUCAACAGUGUGGUCGACGAACACUUCUCGAGAGCUUUGAGCAACGUCAAGAUCCCGCAAGACCUAAGCACGAAGCACAAAGACCUAAGAAAAGAUAGCAUGUCUCCCCAGCCCUGGAAUUUCUCUUCUCACUGGACCAAGCCAUAUCAGUCCUCUCCUACUAUAAACGUGUCUCCUUCUGGUCUGAAUUUGUCUGCUGCUGCUGUGCAAGGCGACUACCAGCCGCCCAUUCUGCAGAGUCAUCCGACUCAGCCUGCAGACUUAUGGCACUUUCCUGCUAUAGGCAAUCCAGGCCUCGUGAGCUCGGGACAUCACCACUCCUUUCCUGACUUGCAUGUGAUGCAAGCACCAACUUCUGGUGGGAAAUAUGGUUCUCUCCUUGGUCUCCUGCAACAGGAAAGGUGUCCAGCACCUAGGCAGGACCCUGUCAUGAAGCAAGACUCCAGCCCUGCCUGUAUGGCUGGAUCUGCCAGGUUACCAAACACGAGUCAAAGUUUAACUCCUGGGGAAGAAAGAAAAGCAAGCGCCUAUCAAGGCUCAGAAAACCCUGGCAUGGGCCUGGCUGGUGCAGGUAUCCACAACACAAGGCGAGAUUUAUACUUUUAGCCAAUGUGAGUUUCUGCUCUGUUCCAUAGAAGCACUCUGAACUUUUCAUGCUCUGCAGUUGUGAAUCGAGCGCCUGGAUCGCAGCCAGCUUGUUUCUUUCACCCUCGGUCAAUGGAAAGACUACAUAAUGCUGUUUGCUACUUUGUCAAUGAAAAUGAUUUACUUCCAUUCAGCAAACAAUUUCUCGCUUUUGUGGUUUCAAACCCCACAGCCCUGGUUUCCCCUGUGUAAGGAAGUAUUUGCCUACAAGGAAGAGGUACACAGGGAUCCUUUUACAGACUACAAAGCACUUCUUAAUCCUGCCUCCCCCAUUUGAUAGCCAUCGUUUUGGUAUGAGGUACUAUCCUAGUUACACAGGGAUGUGCCAAGUUAGUCCCACAACUUUUGUGUUCCGAUAUUGCCUGGCUUCCUGAUGUGGAGCCUGCCUUUUUAUGUUGUUUCAAGUAGCCCAACAAAAUGGCUGCAAGGGGACUAGGAAGGAGAAACACAGGCCGUAGAAGGAAGUUCAAGUCUCUUCAUAAUUUUCUUUUUAGAAAAAGAUAGGGAUCUGGGACUUUGAACCUGCAAAGAGGACUCACUGGUUGUCACGCUGACAUCCAUGUGUAGCUAUAUAUGUAUGUACAUAUCUUAGGACUCUGAUCUGCCCUCAGACAUCUCUCGAAGGAGCUUCUGCAGAAUUUAGCAAACUAGCACUGUGGCAGCUGGGAAGAAAUUUGAAUCCUUCUAGGAUAAGAUGAAAACCUCUAAAUAAAUAAAAUUUAAAAAGCUGCUGAAACCAGGAGCGGGGAAUGGUUUUGUUUUUCCAACCUCCUGGUUUCUUCUCCUAAGCCCCCACUGUGUAAUGUGGUUUAAUCCAAAUGACUCCAUUGACCUAGCUUCCAUCACCUGACCAGCCAUCAAAACUCAUUACAUGGUAAUGCUGGGUCUCACUGACCACUGCAGGAGUCAGUUCAUUAAAGUAUUCUUCCCAUGUGUUGCAUGCACACCUGGUAACCACACUGCCUACAGAUAUUACAGGCUCAGAUCAUCUUUCUGUUCUCUCGUGAGGUGCAUCUUCCCAAUUAGUUUUGUCUUUGGUACUGCAAUUUUACCUUUGUCCAAUUAGUUUUGUCAUCUUGUCACCCUGGGGCAGCCAAAUCACACUUUUAUUCACAUUGCAGUGCUUAUUUGGUGUGCGUGGCAGGUUUGAAGUAAUUGCUAGCUUAAAUGGUCCACGAACAUAGUUCAUAAAGGGGUGACUUACUGUCCUAGUGUCUCUUCUCAGAGCCCAAGAAGGAGCUGCUGGUUUCAUGCUGCUCCCUCAGCACUGCAGCACAGCCUCCCUUCUCUUUCUCACAUGAGUUACCUCUCCUGGGCUUGGUGCUGCUGCUUCCAGCCAUGCAGCCCCUGGGACUUUCCCAGACCCCAUGAGAGCACCCUGGCUUGGUUCUGCUGUUGCUAACUUGGUACCUCUGUGCCUGCUAGAGUCUGUCUCACUCUUGUUCAUGCCUCUUCCCAAAAGCCUUUUAGCUUCCUGUGGGCUAGCUAAUUAUCCUCUGCAGCUGGCCUAGUCCUCCUAGGCAGUCAGCACCUAUCGCCUGCAGCUGGGCUGUAGCCCCCAGCCAGCCUGAGGGGUGCUGUCUGCUGCAAUCCUCUGCCAGCCCACCUGCUAUGGUCUGACUUGCAGGACUCUACCUAGGUUUCCUAUGUCAAACCCUAUUGCUUUUAGUUGUGACUUCACCUGAGUUACUGCUUUGAAAUACCUGUUGUGUACUGACUUGAUUUUUCCUCUCAAAGGAACUGUUGAAAUGAUUUUGCUUUAAGAGCCAAACAUAGAAAUGUGACAGUGUAUUUAAAUACUCUUAAAAAGCAAUUUAUUUUGGAACAGUUUUGUGAAUGUCAAGACUAGAAAUACAAUAUUUAUAACCAUGUGUAAAGGAAGCCUGCUUGGUGAAUCAAUUAAAUAAAAAAAACAACUCUGGAUGAUGGCAAAA